CCCACGUAGCGGGUCCAGACACCUGGAGGCAGCACCCAGUGCCCCCAGCUGCACGGGGCAGGGGCUCGGGGUGGGUGUUAACAGUGCCCAAGAGGGCUCUGGGAUUAGGCUCAGCUGGGUUUGGCCCCAGAGAGCGUUUCAGCUGCAAGGUGGGCUGAUGGGAAGGCAAAGGGGUGCCCAAGGCAGAGCCUGGCUGCAACACGGAGAAGACGACCCUUAGGCUGGCUGGAGAGGGAGGCAGUUGGGGGUGCAGGGGCUUCGGCUGAGCCCUCCGUACUUGCCCUGAAGCAGCACUCAGUUUGGGCACCUGCUCAGAGAUGCUGCAGAGCUCGUGGUGCCGUAGGGGGGCGGUGCCAGCCCAAGGUUCAGGGCAGUCACCCCUUGCCCCGCUCAGGUCCAUCCUGGCAACCUGCCCCACUCUCCCUGCUGAGCCUGGCCAGUGAGGUCCUUCCCAUGGGACACAUCUAGCCUGCACGGGGACGGAUCCUGCUGUCUACAGGCAUGGUGCAGGGCCCAGCAGGCAGCAGCCGGAGGGAUGGAGGCACAGUUGUACUCAGGCUCUGGAUGUUGUCCCCAUCCCUGUGGCACCCUGUGCCUUAGACACCCCAUUGGACCCCAUAGGACCCUGUCCCAGCUUGCUGAUGGUGGGGAGCUGAGCCUGGGAAUGCCACUGGUGCCACCAGGUGCUCUGUGACAUCAGGCAGAAUGGGGACAGAGAGGUAACACCAGGCAGCGAGCUUGGGGACUGCCCUGUGCUGCCCGAGUGUGCCUGAGGCCACCGGGGCAGUCACCCAGAAGGUGAAUCUGCUGCAGUGUCCCUGGAGAGGGACACAGGGUGCUGUGGGGCAACCUGGCUCUGCAGCACUCUCUUGCUGGACAUCCCCUGGCACUGAAGUCACCUCCUGCCCCAACACAGACACAGAGCCUGGGUUGCAUCAUUCCCAGCUGUGCCCUUGGCCGCAGCCCCACUGGAUGUGAGGCCCCUGGGUGUCCGCAGGGCCCCAUGAGCGUCCCUGUUCACAGCAGGGCCGGGACAAGGAGGGGAUGGAGCCCUGCAAGCCGCUAAAACCUUAUGGCCCCGCAGCCACUGAGGCUCAGCAGCAGCCAUCGCGACGUGGCUCAGCACAGAGUCAAGACACAUCUGCCUGCUCCCAAGCCCCAUCGUUCCCCAGAAGAGUGUCCUCAUCCGGCAGGACCUCCACACCCAGCAGGAGUGCCACAUCCAGCAAGAAAUCCACAUCCAGCAGGACUUCCAAGGGGACUUCCCCAUGGUGCAUGGUACUGAUGGCCGAGACGUAUCCACCCAGGCAGGCAGUGUGCAGGAAGGAUGUGCCGAAGGCAGAUAAAGCAACGCAGACCCCCUCUUCCUUCGAGGUGUUAUGGAAGGAAUGGCAGCCACAGGGCAAGAAGAAGAAGAAGAGCAAGUAUGUGAGCGACACCCAAGAUCAGCCGCAGUGGCAAGCCUCGAGGGCCAACAGCGCCACGGAGAGCUGUCCCCAGCCAUUGCAGCACAGAGCCCCCAGCUCCUCCAAGGCGGCUGUCACACCCCAGGACAGGAAAAGCACGUCCAGCUUGGACAUGAAUCUGUACAGUGAGGAGAGAGAAAAGCAGGAUGAGGCUGUGCUGGAACUGGAAGGAAAGCAGGUCGAUGUUGGAGAGCGGAGGUCUCACCUAGCCCCAGUGGAAACCCGCUUACCAGACCAGAAUCAGCAGGAGGCACUGGAGGACGUGGCUGUGGAUGGGAACACGGUUGACAUCCAGGACACAGAUUCCAACACGGGCAGCAUGGAGGUCCCCUUAGCCAGCGAGGAGCUGCAGGAAGCCCUGGGACACAUCAGAGAGGACACAGCUGCUGUGGAUAAUCUGGGCUCUGACCUGACUAUGGUGGAGACCCACUUGACCCCAGAGCCACAGGAGGUGCCAAGCCUUGCCGCUGUGGAUGCUGUCUCUCUAGCUGCCCCUUCGCUGUCAUUGCCAAGCCCUGAAAUCUCCCUGGAGAACCAGUCCCUGCUGCUGGUGAGAUGCCCUGCUCCAUUCAAAUACUGCCCGGGCCAUACCUUAGGGUACAAAGGUGACACCCAAGACCUCCACUCCAUCCUGGGCUCCAUGGCCAGCGAGGUCCACCUGACCAGCAAGGAGGAGCUGGAAGCCUUAGGACACAUGGAAGGUAAGGCUGAUGGGAAGGUGAAUCCGAGUGAAUCCAUGAAGGCCGUGAGGACAGUCCAGCAACCACCCCUGGGGGAAGAGGACCAAGUUGAUGUCAGCGGUGAGGGCUCCCUCCUGGCCACCCCAUGGAGCCAUUCAAACCCAGAGGAGCUAAAAGAAGCAAAAGUGAAUGAAAAAUUUACUCCUCCUGGCUGUGCUCCCAAAAGCAGUGUGACACCAAAGCCUCUGCCUAAGAAGAGGGUGAUAAAACUCCUCCCAAGGGAGACAAUCAGGGACCUCUCACACAUCCCUCAGCAGAGAACUGAGUGCAAAGCAGCAAAGAACAUGACAAGGAACCAAGGGAAAGCAUUCUCCGAUCCUUUCAACUUACUCCCCAAAGACCCAGAUGACAAUAUUAAACUUCCCAGCCUGGAGGUGACUGCUAAGAAGCUGGGGAUUAGCUUAACCAGUCAAGAGGCGAACGAUGAGCUGGUGUGUGCAGAUGCCGACACCCCAGGGAAAAAUGACUCAGACAGCUUCGAUUCUGUCAAUGCCAGAGGAAUCCUCCUCCUCAAAGUCUUCUUGAAGCUGGCAGAGUUGGCAGCUGUGCCACAGAGAACUCUGUUCCGGAUCAUCAGUUACUACCAGCAGAAGCUUAGGGACUGCACUGGCCAAAAAGUCAGAGUAGAUGGUGACUCCCUCAAGCGUUGCAGAAAGAAGCCCCAAAAAACUCAGAAAGAGCCAGUUUACCCUAUGUCUGCCUUUGUAAGCGCUGCCCACGUCUCAGCCAGGAACAAAAGGGACACAGCAGCUUACAUGGAGCACCUCAAAGGCAGCCCUUAUGCUCAGGUACCCAUCUUUCCGCUGAUUUCUAAACAACACACAACAACACGGGCAAAGCCAAAAAGAGGCUUGCAGAAGGUGGCAAGGCAGAGGAAUGAACCAACCACUUCGUUUGAGAGCCACUUUUUCCGCAAGAGAAACCGGGUGCAGGAGGCAGCUGCUCUCAAGCCUCCUGCUCACCGCAGAAAGCAGAGACACUUCCCUGACAUCAACACCGAGCGCCCAAACACACCACGUCAUCUGACAACAAAUAGCCCGGGCAAGACACAAAAGGCACAGGUGGCCAAGCGGUACAGGCACAGCCCGGCCCUCCGCCAGCGCCGCAGCCCGCUGAAGCUGUGCCGGAAGAUCAGCAGGGGCCAGAUCGGCCUGCAGACGGGCAGCGAGCACUUCCACCACACCUCCCAUCCCUACUCCUGGUUGUGGAACACCCACCACGAGCUGGCAACAACCGCUGCACCCCACAGACGGGACCACCAGCGGCGGCCUGCAAGGCAGGAAACGGCAAGGGACGCCAGGCAAAGGCAGUGCCUGGAUGCCACCGGAGGUUGGUGAAUGCUGGACAGCGGUGACUUGGGCCAGGCCUGCUCCCACCCCGCUAUAUAAAAUGCGAAAUAAAAGCCGUGGAAAGACGUUUUUAUCGUCGUGGUGAUUGU